AUGAGUGACUACAAGGUGUUCCAAGAUGUUUUCAGCAGCAGGCAGCCACCUGUUAACCAGUUCAUCGGUCAUGAGACUGUGCUAUUGACCUGCUGCCUGGAGCUACACUCCCCAAGGGUUGUCCAUCCUGGAGUGCAAGGCUAUGGAGGAUCACUUCCAGGAGGCUCUCCAGCAGUGUUUCAUUCAACCAUCCACAUCACCAGCUGCUUACAGCUUCUUUUUUGUGGGAAUGAAGGACGAACUACGUGGAGUUCUGAUGCAUCUCCAGAACAAAGCGGCUCGGGCCCUUUUUCCUGCUCCCCCUCCACUUUCCCCCGGAGCAUCCGAUCCAAAUCCAGUCCUGACCACGAGCUGCUGAGCGGCAUGGAUACAAGCCAGAGCUCAGACUCUUCCAGUGCCACUGACAGCGGGGAGGAGGAGGUCAUUGGCACAGUGUCUAGAGCGCACCAGGAGACCUUCAUGUACAAUCAGGAGCAGGCCAGAGUGCCUUCAGAGGGCCCCAACAACUACAGCCAUUGCUCAGAGAAGACUCAGGAGGUUUGGAACCAACAGAACAAUGCCUCCUCAGAGAGCGAACUAAAGCCCCCAUCAGGCAGUGCUCCACGGGGGCCUGAAGACUCGGGCUGUCCUUUCAGACUGCCCAACAGGGUGAACAGGAUGCACCUGGUUUGCCCCAUGAACACAUCGCCCUAUGUGGAUCCUCAGAAGUCGGGUCACAGUAUUUGGAAGGAGUUCUCCAUGAGCUUCACCCCAGCUGUCAGAGAGGUGGUGGAAUUUGCAAAGCGCAUCCCAGGAUUCAAAGAGCUGUCCCAGCACGACCAGGUCAGCCUGCUGAAGGCCGGCACCUUUGAGGUGCUGGUGGUGCGCUUUACAUCCCUGUUCGAUGUGAAGGAGCGCACAGUUACAUUUCUGAGUGGCAGGAAGUACAGCGUGGAGGCGAUGCGCUCGAUGGGUGCUGGAGAUCUCCUCAACUCAAUGUUUGACUUCACAGAGAAGCUGCAAGCGCUGAACCUCAGUGAGGAGGAGAUGAGCCUCUUCACAGCCGUAGUGCUGGUGUCUGCAGGUAUUAACGCCAUACCAUUAUAAGACCAUAGUUUUGUAUCUGAGAUGGGGUG